AAUAUUUCAUUCUAAAACGGUGAAAUAUUUUACCAUUCCGAUUUCAAAAUGGAAGCAGUUAUUUUUAACGCUAAGGAGAAAAAACUCCAAUUGUCUCGAGUUCCAAUACCGAAAAUUUCCGAGCCUGACCAAGUUUUGAUCAAAGUGGCAUAUUCCGGAAUAUGCGGCACUGAUCUGCAUAUUAUUCAGGGCGAGUUUCCAUGCAAUGAAAAUGUACCAUUCACCUUGGGCCAUGAGUUUUCUGGUACGGUGGUUGAUGUUGGAGCCAACGUUGCCAUUUUCAAAAAAGGGGAUCGAGUUGCCGUCAAUCCAAAUUUGGGUUGUUCGUGUUGCGAUUUUUGCCAUAAUGGUCAACCACACUUUUGUCCCUCCGGAGGCUUGAGCAACACCAUAGGGCUUUACAGAGAUGGAGGAUGGGCUGCCUAUGUGUUGGCUCCGAUAACUCAAGUUCACAAAUUAUCCGCAAACAUCACUUUGGAGCAAGCUGCCCUUGCUGAGCCCUUAUCUUGCUUGGCCCAUGGAUGGGACAUCAUCAGCCCAAUAACGGUCGGAAUGAAAAUUCUGGUUACAGGAGCCGGUAUCAUAGGAAACUUAUGGGUCAGUGUUCUUCAUCAUCAAGGUCACAGGAACGUGACCGUUUCUGAGCCGAAUCUCAGCAGACUACAACACCUAAAAAAGCUGAAUACCGGAUUCCAGUUAAUUACUCCCGAAGAACUGAAGAAGAAUCAACAGAAAGAUUCCAAUUAUUUGUUCGAUCUCAUUAUCGAUUGCAGUGGUUACCCACCUGCUAUUGAACAUGCGGUAUCUCUGCUGCAAAGAGGUGGUAAACUAUGUUGUUUUGGAGUAGCACCACCACAUGGAGAAAUCAAGAUCAAACCAUUCGAUAUUUUCAUGAAGGAGCUGAAAAUAUAUGGUGUUCUCAUAAACCCGUUCACUUUUCCCAAGUCUUUCGGACUUCUUGAAGCUAUGGGAGAUAGGUACUUGGUCUAUGAACAUUUGGGAAUAAAAACAUUCGCACUCAAGGAAUACAAGGAAGCGAUACAGUUACUGAAGCAAGGAACUAUCGCCAAAGCUGUGUUCAAAUUUGAAUAUAAUGAAUUGAAUAAUUAUAAAAUGACAAACAAUUUUUAAU